UAUAACUGUGUCACAUUGUCGGCUGUUUUGAUCUCUAAAAACAUAUCUUCGACGUAGUUACCAUUCUGAAUUCACCACCAACGGAGAUUGAUUACUAAGAAAUGAAAAUUACCAAUUGUAUUUUUAGCCUAGAAAUCUUGUUGGCUGUCGAGCUAGUUACUACGAUUGAUGUAAACGACAAUAUUCAACCUACAGACAUGGAAACAGCAGCGACAACCUACGUGUAUCGCCAAUCAACUAGUUAUCCAUGGUAUAAUUCUCGUUACAAGAAUUAUCAAAGAAGAUAUCCGUAUUACAGCGGAUAUAACAGAGGAUAUUACAAUAGAUUUUAUAGUCCACUGUAUAGUGGCGGCCUUGGCGGAAUUCUUGGACUUUUUGGGGGCUUAGCUUCAGGUGGAUACGGCGGAUAUGGUGGAUAUGGCGGAUAUGGUGGCUAUGGUGGAUAUAAUCAUGGAGUUAACACAAACAUAUAUAACGGAGAUUCAGUCAUAAACCAAAAUCAACAUAACUAUAACGACGACCAUCAUUCCCACAAUGAAGAACAUUAUUUUGAUGAAACAGAUAAUAGAGAGCACUUCGACGAAAAUAGUGAUGCAUCACACAAUCAUGGAUCUGAUGAAGGAAGUGAAAUUGAUAACGACGGUGCUCUAGCUGACGGUUCUGAUUUUGAUGGUGAUGUUGAUAUCGGAGGCGAUGGUGACGGUGAUGGCGAUGGUGGCGGUGAUGGCGAUUAGACUAAUAUUAACUUUUUAGAAGCAUGUGAUCAUAAAAUCUUUAAAUUUAUUUUCUCAAAGAAUCUCGUUCUGUUUGAUGCAAAAUCUUUUACUUCAUAUGCUAAAUCAUUCGUUUCGUUAUAAUACAUAUUGUUUAACAGAUGA